AGUCAUUUUCAAUUGAGAACUCGUAUCGCAGCGGGAAUGUAGAAAUCUCGUAAUCGUUCGUUGAUUCAAAGUGAUUGUACCUGAUCAAAUCGCGGCCUUAUAAAUAAAUAUCGCCGAUCACAAUGCCGCCAAGUAGUUUACGUGUAGUGUACGCGUUCGCCAGAGAAAUGUACCCGAAAAACAGUGAUGUGUUCAUACAAUAUGGGACGGCUGGAUUUCGUACCAAAGCCAAUCUGUUGGAGCAUGUGGUCUACCGCAUGGGGUUGCUGGCCGUCAUUCGUUCCAGAGUAAAAAAUGGUCGGACCGUCGGCAUGAUGAUCACCGCGUCACACAACCUGGAGCCGGACAACGGAGUGAAGCUGGUGGACCCCGACGGGGAGAUGCUUGAGGAGAGCUGGGAGGAGAUCGCGACUAGACUUGCCAACGUCAGUGACAAUGACUUGGAAUCAACAACGGCCGAGAUCAUCAAACAAGUUAACGCCGACAUGUCUCUCAAGGCCAGCGUCUUCAUCGGAAUGGACACCAGAUACACAAGUCCUCGUUUAGCUGCGGCUGCGGCUAACGGUGUGAUUGCGUUGAAAGGCACGCCAAAAGAGUUCGGUAUCGUGACCACGCCUAUGUUGCACUUCUUCGUCAAGUGUCGGAACGAUAACAGAUACGGGACCCCCACUGAGGAAGGUUACUACGACAAAAUCGUGGGCGCUUUCAAGGCUUUCUGUCAGAAACUGCCCGUUUUCGGUGACUACAAUACAACUUUAUACGUAGACGGAGCUAAUGGCGUCGGCGGCAAGAAAUUAAACAUCAUCAAGAAAAGUCUGGAUGGAGAGUUAGAUUUGCAUCUGUUCAAUUUGGGCGGCAAUGGCGGGAAGCUUAAUCUUAAUUGUGGGGCAGACUUCGUGAAGGUGUCGCAGAGCCCGCCGGCGGGCGCGGAGCUGGCGCCGCUGCAGCGCGCGGCGGCGCUCGACGGCGACGGCGACCGGAUCGUGUACUACUAUAUAGACCACAACAACGAAAUGCAGCUACUAGACGGGGACCGCAUAGCGACGCUGUUGGCCGGGUAUAUCGCGGAGUUGCUGCGCGCUUGCGGCGCCUCUCACAUCAACAUCGGCCUCGUGCAAACUGCGUACGCCAACGGCGCCUCCACGAAGUACAUCACUGAACAUCUAAAAGUUCCAGUGAGUUGCGUGAAGACGGGCGUGAAGCACCUGCACCGCGCCGCGCAGGCGUUCGACAUCGGCGUCUACUUCGAGGCCAACGGACACGGCACCGUGCUCUACAGCGACCGCGCCCACGCCGACAUACGCAGCAUCGCCAGGGACGGUGUAAAUGUUAUUGUCCGCAGUGAUCCAGAGCAGCGCGCGGCGGCGCAGCUGCUGUGCCACGUGGCGGACAUGACCAACCAGACGGUGGGCGACGCCGUCAGUGACCUGCUGCUGGCGGAGGCGGCGCUGCGCGCGCGCGGGCUGCACGUGGCGCGCUGGGCGCGCGCGUACCGGGAUCUGCCGUGUCGCCAGCUCAAGCUUCUUGUCGAGGACCGCAACGUGAUAUCAACAACGGACGCGGAACGCAAGUGCACCUCUCCCGAGGGACUGCAAACGAAGAUUGAUGAGCUCGUGGCCAAGUACAACAGUGGGAGGGCCUUCGUCAGACCUUCCGGCACCGAGGAUAUCGUGCGGGUGUACGCUGAGGCCGAUACCAGGACGGCUGCGGACACGUUAGCGGCAGAAGUGGCUCAAGCGGUGUUUGAUCUCGCGGGCGGGCGGGGGGAGAGGCCGGUGUUGCCAGCGUAAAUAUAUCAGAAAGUUAUAUAAAAAAUACAAGGAUUGCUGUGGAACGAUUGUUCUCGGAAAUUGUCUCCUUUGAGAAUUCCGCUGAUUUCCAAGAGAAUUUUUCAACGGUAAUAUUUGUAGAGAAUUUCCGAGAAUAUUUCCUGGCAGUUUUCAUGCAUUCUCGAAAAUUGUCGAGAACGGCUCAUCGCUAAUUGGGAUGCCAAAGCCUACAUAAAAUUUUAAAUGUGACAAGGUACCUCACGAACUUUCAUGGCAAGAUUCUAUAAUAACAACAUUUUGAGAUUGUAAAAAGCAUGUUAUGAGGGAAUAAAAUUUCCGAAGACUGGAAAAAAUAUGUGUGUUCGUCUAAGAAAUAAUUUUGGCAUGUAUAGAAGAAUACAUACGGAGUAAAAUUAAAUAUCGGAUGCUAUCAGGGAUUACAUGUAUUUUAAAUUGGAAAAAAUAUUCGAUUCACAAAUGUAGCUAAAGACAAAAUUAUUUAAAAUAAAAUCAAAAAUAGAAUUAUAAUGACCAGUUAGUAGUUCCUGAUUCUUUUAAAAAAUGAACCGAAUUUUAAUGUACAAUUUGUCUAUGAUUCUAACAUGACUAGUUAAACUGUUGGCACAACGUUCACCUAGUCUUUUUCGCUUUAUAAUUCGAAUAAUCCCUUAAUUUCAAUCAUAUUUAAGCUCGCAAAGUCAUAAUGUUGAAUACCUUAGAGUUUUCAAAGACAAUGUUUUUUUAAAAUAUAAUGUAGGUUUUUUUCUUAUCAUUUUUGUAAUCGAAUUUGAAAUCGUAUUUUAUUAGAAUUUAUUUUUAACCAUUAUUUUACAUUGUUGCACAAUCAAUAUUACCAGUAAUUUCAAAAUUUAAUUUUUUAUCUUCUAGUAUUCAUAAAAAGUCGAGAUCUAUUUUAGUUAAAUUAUGCUUGUAUCGUUCUGUCAUCAUUAAAUCUAAAAUAAGAUGGGUACAAAUAAAUAUGUUUUAACUAAAAUAAGUUUUAACUGCUCACGUGUUGUCAUUAUUAAGUCAGCACGAUAAUUAUAUCUUUUAAGAGCCAGGCCCCGUUGCUACGCUGCGCUCAGUUGCGACGCAGCACGUUGUGGCUCCGUUGUUUUCUAUAGUUUUCGACAUUGACGAUCGGUGACGUACUCCAUUAAAUUCUGCGUUGAUCCGUAGCAAUGGAGCCGGGCUCUAACUAUACACUGCCUGACUAGUGGUAGAUAUAUUUAGAUUUAAUAAUAAUAAUCUUAAUCAAAUUAAUAGAAUUAUGGUCCAUAGUUGUAUUGCCCUUGAGAUUUGAGAAGUUUGUAUAUUGUGUAUAAAAAAUCCAAAUUUGUCACAUGAUCAUGAAGAUAGAUAGAUAAAAAGUUUGAAAGAUGUAAAAUACUUCGAAAAUAGUAACGAAGUACAAGAAUUUUAUUGGAUCCAAAUAUUUACUUAUUUAAUAUAUAUAUAUAGUUAUGUCUUGAAUAAUCAGAAGAUUAUUAGUAAAUUUUUAAAAUUUAUUCUUAAAGUAGAUGUGAUUGAGUGAAAUCGUGAAAGUAGAAAUAAAUACGUUUGGAUCAUUCGCGAUCUUUUACGCGUUUCUGUCCCUUUUAGGUCAGAUUUUUGUAUUUUCGAUGAACCUUAAUGAUCGUCUACUUCUUUCUCUAAAAUAAAGUUUUGUAUAAAAAUUGUUUUAAGGCUGACAUUUUGCAAAAGACACUUCAAAUAUUUUCUGAGAAUAUAAUUGAAUGAUCAUAGUUAAGUGUCGAUAAAUAUGAGAUUAUUGUUUCUUCAUACAAUUUCGAUUUAAUGUUAUUAUUUCUUAUAAAUUGAGGAACUAAUAAUAAUAUGGAACUAACAUUUUUGCCGCGUUUGAUGCGAUUAUAAAAAAUGACACGUUCUGAAUUUGAUUAGACUUUAGUUGUAUAAAAAAAUAAUGUGAUAGCGUAAUUUGAUAGUUAAAAAUUCCGUACGCAUUUAUUGAACAAAUAUUUGUUAAUAUGUCGAAUAUUUGGCUAUGUCGCCUCCUAUUAACUACGUUAUAAAAAUGUCUUAAUUGUAUUUAAAAAACAAAAAAUAUAUAUUUCUGGUCAAAAUAAAUACAUUAUGCAAUGUAAUUUAAUUACUUAAUUGUCAAAUAAGUUUGUGACGCAAAACAUAUUUCAGUAUGUACCAUCUGGAUUAAAAGAUGUAAAUUCGCAUAUAAAGAGGUGCUGAGAUAUGUACAGAAAGAUUUUUAAAUAUUUUUCUAUGUAGCGUAGCGUACUGCUUUGUGUAAAAUCUCCAGAUGAAAAAGUUAGUUAUUUUUUACUUAUAGCACCAACACGUAAAAUGCAGAAAAAUAAUUAUUUGAUUAUAUAUUGUUAGUGCCCAUGAUUUAAAAGCUAGCUUCUAAUGCUAUGAGUGCAAUAGUUGAGAAUGUGUGAUUUUAUUAGUUACGCUAUUGUUAUAAUCAAUAAACCCAUAAUAAUUAACUA